UUAUUUCCUCUGGUUUUGCUUCAGGGACAGUCUGCGACAUCCGAAGCUUGGCUUUUUCGACCCGAAACCCGAUCUUUUUUUCUCAACCCGCCCGAUCCCUGGUUUCCAUUUUGAUAUUUAUCCAGCCAAAAGGUCUCAAAACUUCUCUAGGCCGCAGAAACAAUUAAAAAAAUUUUUUUUUGAAAUUUUUAAGAGAGCCAAUCCUCACUGUUUUCAACGUACAAAUUACUCUGGAACAAAUUCCAAUUUUGCUUGUUUUGCAAUAGGCAGUCGUGAUCGCUCAAUUUCCAUUUGGUUAAUGCCCAAUUUUGCUCGUCCCCUUGUUGUUGUUGAAAAAGUUUUUAAGGAUUCUGUCGUUGAUUUGUCAUGGUUUUUUAAAAUUUAUUUGGUUAGAAAUUUUUUGUAUUUUUUAAGGUGUGACUUGACUUUAGCAGCUUCCUCUAAAGAUGGAGUUGUUCGAAUUUUAAAAUUUUCUGAUAAUGAAAUUGGCAAUAUGCUCUCAACACAAGAAACGGCAUCAAUAAUUGAAAAACUUUAUGGAAUUAAACAACACAAUGCAUCAGAUGAACAUUUAAAUAACAAUGAUGAUAGUUUUUCUUCUACUAAUGGAAUCCAAAAUAUUGCAUUUCCUUCCUCCUCAGAUUUUGGUUAUACUUCAAUUUGUGAAUCUCUAGCUCGUCGAACUGCUGAAACAACAAUAAAUAGUGAAGAAGAAUUGUUUAAAGUUGCGUUUGGUCGUGAACCUCCAAAAAGACGUGUUUCAAUGGAAAUGUUGAAAAAAUUUGUGAGGAAGGCAAAAAGACAAAAGAACGGCAUUGAACAACAAAACCUUUCAAUACCCCCUAAUGGCUCUGUAAAAUCUCCUCAUCCUUGUCAAAAUGGUGAAGAUAAUGGAAUAAACAACACAAAAAUUAACUCUGACAGGCGUCUAUAUAAAAGAGCAGAAAAUUUCAAGGAAAGAAGAAAAAUAUUUGAAUUGCCAGAACGGAAGCGACUUUUAAUUGCAAGGAUUGAAAAAGAUUCUUCUAUAAAUUAUGUUGAAGUAAUAAACAAUUACCCUCUAAAGUCUUAUGUUGAACCAAGAAUUGCCAGAUUAUGUGGGUAUAAUAGAAGAAAAGGAGUUGAAGAAGAAGAACAUCAACCUAACUGGACUUGGUUUUCCCGACGUCAUAUUUCACUUCUUUUAGCAAAUCGAAUUUGGACAGCUAUAGCAACUUUUGAUGCCCAUUUUCUCGUAUUUUCAACACAAACUGGACGCCUUAUUUUUGAUGUUUGCCUUAAAGAACAAGCUUCAUUUUUUCAACAAUUAAAUUUGGAAAAGUUAUUAAUUGGUGGAUGUGGUGGAAUUAUAAGUGUUUGGAAUAUACCUCAAAGAAAACAAGAAAUGCAACAAUCAAUUGCCCCACUUUUUACUUUUCAAAAUCAACAAUUAAUUAGUGCAAUACUUUUACCUCAAACAAAUAAUGGAAAUAAUGGUGCUAAAGAAACAUUUGCAGGAAUUGAUUUGAAAUUUAGUGAUUUGAAUGUUUACAGAUAUUUGCCAAAUUCUAAUGGAUGGUAA